UUAAUGUCUUUUGGACAGAUGACACCUUUAUUUUGAAUAGUAAUAAUUCUCCAAGUGUUUGGUUGUUUAGAGAGUCGAAUUAGCAGUUGUAAAUUGUUUGAAGGAGGAUCUUCGGGAGCAUUCCUGUCUGCAUGUGACCUGGCUGUCAGGAGUACACAGUAUGGUCUUUAGUCCCGUGUACUGCACCGUGUAGCUCCAUCGUUAGCUAGUACACACAGUACACAGUCACAGCUGACAAGACGGACACAACCACACUGGCCCGGUUCGCUCAGGAUCCAGAUAUUUGAAAAGGACAGUCGCGUGUGUGCGAGUGUGUCUCUGUGUGUGUUUCAGUGCCCAGUGCUGUACGGGUACGCGUGAGCGUGUGUUUUGUGAGUGCCCUGUGGACUAUCCCCUCGUGGGCGGCUCCAGCAUGAGUAGCAAGCGUAAGGAGGAUGCCGCCGUGGCGCGGGCAGCAGCUAAGAACCGCACCAAGAGGAGCGAGCAGACCAGACCUGACGCAGAGAGGGACUCGGGAUUCUCAGAUGCCAGCUCGGAGCACCUGAGCGUGCUGGACCAGGUUGAGGCCGAUGACUCCUCCUCUCGUUCUGGGGACGGGGCGUCCCGGACAUCAUCGUCACAGCUGGCCGUCGUCGGGGGAUUCUCUCCCAACCUGUCGCCCAUGAUCAUCAUGAACAACGUCCUGCUCAAACAGCCGGGAGACGCGGCCCCCGCUGCCCUGAAGCCGUGGGGUUUCAGCCCCGGUGGUGUGGAGGUGGUGCAGCCGCCUCAGGUGCCCCAGGUGGUCUUCCUGCAGCCCGUGGUCUCCGCGCGCUCCACAACCCCCCACGCCCGCUCCGCCUCAGAGCCCUCCUCCAAACGCAAACGCCACCGCAAAUACCUCCCCAUCCUCAAAGCCUACCCCAAGAUCGCCCCCCACCCUGGAGACAGCAGCCCCCACACCUCCUCGUCCUCUUCCUCCUGCUCCUCCUCAUCCUUCUCUUCUUCCUCUUCUUCGUCCUCCUCUUCCUGCUCCUCCGUUUCUGUCGCCUCUUCCAUGAAGAGCAGCUGCAGUUUGACCUCUGUCCACCAGGGGCGCUACAGCAGGGACAUGCUAGGUGGUAGUGGUGGUGGCAGCAUCUCUGGCUCCUCCACGCCCUGCUCCUCGAUGCCCUCCUCGCCCCUCCCCCAUGCCUUUACGGAGCGCUCCCCCACAUCCCUCUUCUCCCGCUCCCUCUCGCUGCCCGCCACCACGGCCGGCCAGAAGUCUACAGAUUCUCGGACCCAGGAGAGCUCCACGGCAGACUCGCUCAGCACCACCAACAACAGCAGCAGCAGCAGCAACAGCAGUAGCAGCAGUAGCCCCGUCCAGGACAGUAGCAGCAACAGCAGCACCGGUAACCACAGCAACAGAAGCCUCGCGCUCGCCACGCUCACAGACACCAUCUCGGUCUCCGGCGGCGGCAACUGCAGGGAUAACAGCAUAGCGUUGGCGGAGAGCGACGCGUUGGCGACGGGAGACGACGACGACGACGACGAGGCGGGCAGCAACAAGCGGAAGCGCUUCUGCAACACCUACAACAUCCUGAGCAAGUCGGGCCUGCUGGACAUCACGCUGCGCACCAAGGAGCUGAUCCGGCAGAACCGCCGCACACAGGGCGACCUGGAGAAGCUGCGCAGCCACACGGCGCUCUUCAUGGAGGUUCUGCGGAGCGGGGACAGCGCCGGCCUGCUCCGGCUGCAGACGUGCAUGGAGGAGGACCAGGGAGGGGACAAGAGGAUGGCAUGAAUGGUGACGACAAUGCACCAGGAGAAGUACGAUGACGAAAACACAGAUGGGGACAGGACCGAGGACGGGAGCGAACAAUGGACAAUAAGUAUUUAAGAGCCGGAGAUUGAUACAUGGGGAGGAGGGGGACAGGUUGUGGAGAGGCGAAAGUACAUCGUGAGAGGAUGGAACAUGACGACACAGUGGGGACAGCUGGGGACAAGGAGGACCGGAGACUGCAGGAUGCAGUGGACAUGGACAGCAGUGUCGAAGAAGACAACAGUGAGGAGUGUGUCUCUGCUCUCCGUCCUCAUACCAGAAGGGACGAGGCACAGGACCGUCUUGGAGAGAGGACGGGGCGUUAACGUUAGCGUGAGGGGCUACUGGAGGAGUGCCUGGUCAUCGUCUUGAUGGUCGGAUGGACUUACUGACAGGAAGUGGGUUAGCAGCAGACGUGAGACCGUGUGGUGUACUAGCGCCCCCUGCUGAUUCGACAGCAGCCCCUCGUGGUCCCUGAGGAAAUGGAGCUAACACCCUGGGGGACAGGAACUAAAACAUGGUGUGUGACAUUUGGACGCGUUCCAGUUUUGAUGGUGCCUCCUUAAUUGACGUCAGGUGGCUUAAAUAUGGCUAUUUCCUACCCUGCGAGCGGUGGUGUGAGCAGCCUGCUAUGAACCCCAGAUACUUCUAAACGUCCCGGGACGUCUUGUACAAAAUAUGGACCUGGAUAAGGGACCUCAGUAGUGACGGUGGCAGAUGUCUGCCCGACGAUGAUGAUGUAACAAUGAUGUGAUGACAGUUAUGCUCUGCCAGUGAAGUGAUCUUUAUUUUACCAGCUGGAAAGGCUGACACAUGUGAUGAUAAUCAGAGAGGGAAAGUAGGAGUGUGUGUGUGUGUGUGGUAAAAGGGGCAUAGAGAGCCUUAAGAAGUGCGUGUGUGUGUGCCAGUCAGCCUGUAGCACAUAACAAGAGGAGCUGGGAAUGCAGCAGGCAAUAACCCUAUUUAGCAUGUUGCCACUGAGCUUACACACACACUCUCUCUCACACACACACACACACACACCUACAGACCUGUUUUCCCUUCUUUUUGGCUCUACCUGUAGGUACACACACACAAUCAAUCACUCGUCAUCUGAGUGUGAAGCUUUUGCCACACCUUGCUGUGGCAGCCUUAAUCGCAGUCUAUUCCGAGCUGAUUCAGUGGCUUCCAUCCCCAGGCGUGUUGCACUUCGCCUAUUGGCAUUGGAGUGCAUGUGUGCCGUGCGUGCAUGCCUGCAUACCUGAAGGGCCAUAGGCUUUGCAUUAAACCAGAGGUAAAUCAUGAGCAAAUGAUCCUCUGAACAAGACACACACACAUCCACACACACUCUCUCACACACACCUUUUAUAUCCAUCAAAAUGAGGAGAGACCUUAAGUCACCUUUCUUUGUUUUGUGUGGAAAGGCUGCAGACACUGCAUCGUUGCUAUUGGUGUAGUUUUAGACAUUGCGUCGUUGUUAUUGUAUAACUUUUUUUUUUCCUUAAACACUGAGGUAGCAAUGCUGGUGUUGCUUCUACUGGGCUGGAGUCUUGCCUUUGGACCAGUGUGUGUG